AUAGUGGCCGCCGCGUCCAGCUCACAUACAUCCGACUGCCGAACUAUCGGGGCGAUCUGAAAUAGUUAACACUCACAAUCUUAAGAAGGCUGCUACCUAAGUAUGGCAUUGUUUUGUUGACGGAAAAACUUGCGACUUGCGUCAGCUGGUGGUUAACAUCACUUUGAGGUUAUAAGGACGUUCGUAUCUCACACACCGGAGUACACAAUCAGGUUUACAAUCGUACAGGCCUAUAGAAGGUAGCUCCAGAAGAGAAGACACAAAGAGAGACGGAAUCUCCCGGGACAUACAAGACUGCUGGAACAAUGGUGCCAACACACAGCACGUUCCUCGCUCUUCUCCUCUGCAUCAUCGCCCAUCUCCGCACAACCUCCUCCAUGUACUACAACUGGCGCCCUCUUCGACCACAGGUCAUCAGGUCGCCAUUUCAACCUUUCAGCCAAUCAAUGAUGAACCUUAACAACAUGUGCUCAAUGCAGCGACCAAGUGAUGUUUUGCGCAUGCUCCCGGGUCGCUUCCUGUCUGACGAUGACCUGCUGAGUAUGGUUCCAGAACCGCACAUCUUAUCCCGGAGUCACAAGCCGACAUUCACCGCUCAGAGACGGCUCAUUGUGGGGUCAUUCAGUUCCAGCUCCCCCUUCAAGACGGGCAACGUCAGCUACAUCAACGACGGACUCUGUGGCUGUUGUCUGACUGAAAUUGGUUACGAGGUGAUAGAGACCGUGAACGACUUCCAGGGCAGGAACCACACCCUCAUCAACUUCAACAACAACUUCCAGUUCAUCCCAACAGGCAGAUGCUCGAAUGAGGACGCGCCAUGUGGGGGAGGGGGACGGGCACGCUGUAAGCAGGUGACCCGGGCUCACUGGAGCCUGGUGUGGACUCCGGGGGGUCGGGGCUCAGCUGGUAGCACACGAAGUACCCUCCCACUGUCAGUGUCUCAACAUUGGAACAACCGGAAGUAGUCCUCCCACCACUGGCUAGUGCAUAUCCACGUGGGUGCAGCAUACCAUACAAGGAAGACACACAUCCCACAGCGUUCCCAUAUACAGGGACCUGGCAGUCACACACCAGUCGGGUAUGAUCAGCAGAAGACACCGACAACAACCUCCCGGUAUCACCGGGUCUCAUGGAAGUUUCACUGAUCCAACUGAGGACAUCUUUACAGGAACAAGGGGACGUAAUCAUGAUUCAUUAAUUCUCAAACUUGUUGGUCCGGGCACGUAUGCUGCAAACAUAACCUUCCUGAGUAAAGGGAUGCACUGUAUAUGCGUUACUUUGUGUGUUGUGUAUAGACAAGGCUUUGGACAGUCCAUCUUAAGUCCGAUCACCAUGUGUUGUAAAUAUAGUGUACAUACUGACCGAUAAAUUGACCUAUUUAUGUACUGAACAUAGUUGUAAAUAAAUCAGAGCGUGUGAUGUCAUAUAUGUUUGUAAUAAACAUGCCUUCUGUAACA